AUGCCUAAAGUCAAGUACAUCCUCCUAGACUGUGACAACACCCUUGUCCUUUCUGAGCGUCUCGCCUUCGAAGCCUGUGCCGACCUUACCAACGAAAUCCUCGAGAAGCAGGGUCUCUCCGACCGCUACACUGUCGACAGCUUGCUUGAAGACUUCGUCGGCCAGAACUUCCGUGGCAUGCUCAUCGGUCUACAAAAGAAGCACAAUUUCACCCUGAAGCCAGAUGAGCUCGAAGACUAUGUUGCCCAGGAGCUAGGCCGUGUCACCCAGAAGCUCAGCGAGAAGGCUACCCCUUGCCCCGGUGUACCUGAGAUUCUCAAGAGUCUCAAGGAACAAGGCUACCCUAUGUCUGUUGUGUCGACCUCGGCCAAACCCCGCGUUGUGGCAUCCCUCAUCAAGACCGACAUCGCCGGCUAUUUCCCAAAUGAGCAUGUCUACAGCGCUGCAACCUCGCUCAAUCCUCCUUCUUCCAAGCCUGACCCCAAGAUCUAUCUCUAUGCUUGCGAGCAGCUCGGUAUCAAGCCUUCGGAAGCUGUUACCGUUGAAGACAGCAAGAGUGGUGCCACUGCUGCUAUGCGUGCCGGCAUUCCCCUCAUUGGCUACGUUGGUGUCUAUGGCAUCGAGGAAGGCAAGGAGAAGAUGGACCAGAUGGCUACAUUGCUCCGCGAGCAGUGCAAAGCUGACGAGAUCAUGUACGACUGGAAAGAGUUCCCCGAACUCCUCAAGAAGAUCGAGGCUCGUUCCUAG